CUAUGGUUUCCCCGGUUGAGCCACUGGGUCAUAAAUUCUCAUUAAAAUACAUAUUGCACUAUUACAGUAGUUACAUCAUUUAGGUUGUAUCGCCAUGAAAUGCUAUCGAUUAAAAACAUAUAUAUAUAUAUUUUUGCCCAGCCGGAAACAUCAUGGCGGGCUGUUUCUCGUCGGAUUGUAAUUUAUGUGACCAUAUCCGGCGGCGAUUCAAAACUAAGACCGACGAUAUCCGUAGUUGUUGUUUAUCCUUCUGGCGUGAUGCCCGCUACAAAUCUAAGAUGGGAAACUUUACAGGCUUUAAAGAACUCACCGAAGGGAAACAUCACGUACGACCCGUUCUGGUCAGAGAGAGGAGAGGAUAUUUUGGCCGGCUGCAAAGAGGCCGUCAGUCUGUCGUCUCGCUCUGGGCUCAUACUGGAGCGUCUCAGCUCCUUGCCCCGCCAGAAGUCCUGCUUUCUGAGCCCCUGCUCCGGAGGCUCCAGCCCCGGCCUCUCCGGUGAGAUUUCGGCCUCGGUUUCCUUCUCGGGAUCCAUCCCCGACCUCGACGCCAACGCCAGGCACAGCGCGCUCUCUGCAGCCCCGUCUUUGAGCACCGAGCGUGAGCAGGCCGUUGGUGACGAGGUGAAGGAUGAAGAUCCAGAGGAAGACGUCGGCGAGCCUCUCAGUCCGGCUUCACUUCCUUCCAUUUCUCUGCUGUCGCCCAAAGCCAUGGAGACGGCGGGGCGCAUCAUCAAGUUUGAGGAGAAAAAACGAGAAAAGGCCAAGUUGGCGCUCAAACUGCGGCAGGAGAUGCACGAGAAGCUGGUGGCUGUGGUGGCGAGCUCCGAGUCGGAGCAGCUGAAGCGCUUCGAGGAGUUCAUGGAGCUGAAGCAGAGGCAGGAGUUCCAGAGCAUGAGGGACAUGAUGGACCGAGAAACGAAAGAGAGCAUCGGGCGUCAAGAGAAGCUGAAGGAAGAGCAGCGACACAGGAUGAAGAUCAUCAACCUGCGUCUGAGGGAGGCGGAGCAGCAGCGCCUGCGGGAGGCGGAGCUCGAGCGUCAGCGGCAGUCGGACGGCCGCGAGCGUCUGCGUAACCUGAACACCAUCCAGGAGGAGAUCCUGCAGCUCAACCAGCUGCUAGAGCCGUCCACCCGGACCAGGGCCGACCUCGGCUCCUACUGCACCCGCGGGAACCAGCUGUGCUCCCAGCUGUCAGAGGUGGUGCGCAAGACGGCAGAGGGAGAGUUUCCCAGCGUGGAUGACAUGACUGUGGCCGAGCGAGCCCUCCACGAGAUGAGGGCUCUGAUCCGGCUGAUGCAGGAGGACGUCGCCAAGGCUCAAGAGAAGAAGAAGAAGGACGAGGAUGAGGAGGAGCAGCGCAGGCAGCGGGAGCAGCUGCAGGCGCAGCAGGAGGCGCAGAAGAAGGCGGCGGAGUCGGCCAAAGAGAAGGCCAAGAGGAAAGGUCUGCAGAACAGCGCUGAAGACGGCACACUGAAGUGGUACAAGGAGCUGCAGCAGUCGGCUGCUCAGUGCGCUCAGUCAUUCGAGCAACUCCACGCUGCUAAAGACGCUCAGACCAAGAAGCUGAAGCUGGAGCUGCAGAAAGCCGCCAGCAUCCCCGUCAGUCAGAUCUCCAGCAACUCCGGAUCGCAGCUCCGAGAAAUCUUCGACAAGAUCGACAAGCUGCUGUCGGGACGCGCCGUGGUGUCGGGGGGGCGGAACAUCUCCACCUCCCAGCAUCCUCAGGGGCUCGACUUCGUCAGCUUCAAGCUGGCGGAGAAGUUUGUGAAACAAGGAGAGGAGGAGGUGGCGUCUCACCACGAAGCCGCGUUCCCCAUCGCCGUGGUGGCGUCCGGCGUGUGGGAGCUGCACCCUCGGGUGGGAGAGCUCAUCCUCGCUCACCUGCACAGGAAGUGUCCGUACGCCGUCCCUCACUACCCGCCCAUGAAGGACGGCACGGCCGUGGAGGAGUACCAGAGGAUUCUCGGUUACCGCGUGGACGACUCCGGGGUCGAAGGUCAGGACAGUUUCCUGAAGAGGAUGUCGGGGAUGAUCCGGCUCUACGCCGCCGUCAUCCAGCUGAGGUGGCCCUACGGCUCCAAGCAGGCGGCCGCUCCUCACGGGCUGAACAACGGCUGGCGUUGGUUGGCUCAGAUGCUCAACAUGGAGCCUCUGGCCGACAUCACGGCGACGCUGCUGUUCGACUUUCUGGAGGUCUGUGGGAACGCUUUGAUGAAACAGUAUCAGAGCCAGUUCUGGAAGCUCAUCCUGCUGCUCAAAGAGGAAUACUUCCCGAGGAUUGAAGCGGUGACCAGCAGUGGACAGAUGGGCUCAGUCAUCAGACUCAGACAGUUUCUAGAGACGUCGCUGCAGAGCCGACAGAUCCGUCCGCCUAAAGGCCAGCUGAGCUCCAUGUUCUGGGGCUCGUGAUGGAGGAAGAGGAGCCGCCAUGUUGGAUGUAGCGGCGUGACGCUGUACAGGACUGAAUGAAGGGGGGGGGGGGGGGACGUAGACUGUGGAGGGGGACUUUAGUCGGUAAUCGGGGAAGAGAAGUUGAAGCUCAUGAACUUCAGUCUUUAACUGGACGUCUCUCAGAACUCAACAUGUUUGGAAGAAGUUUUUUUUUUUUAACGCUUCUAAACCUUCAACAUCUGUUCAGAGUUUUUUCUGCUUCUUCCAGCUUCAGAAUGUACUUCAUCGAGGUCUUCACCAUGAGGUGUUGCUGUGAUUGUUUGGAUGUAAAUGUUCAGGAUCAUAGUGUUGAAGCUGUUUUAACAGUUGUCACUAGUUAAGAAGAGCUCUGACUAUACUCACUCUCUGCCGUCUGUUUUUAGUUCAACAGUCGCUGCUCAGACUGUUGGAACGAUUUUAACUUUUGUCUUUAUGAAUCCACCAUGUGGAGCAAAGACUUGUGGGUCAGAUGAGCUGUUGAAUCAUCGUGAAGUAAGAUUAUAUUUAUCAAGAGGAGUUUAACUGCUGAAGCGCGUCAGUCGCUAUUGUUCCAAAACACUAAAGAUUUGAUCAUAAAUCUGAGUUUGUGGAGCAGAGGUCUGAAUAUAAUGUGGAUUAUUAGUGUUAAUAGAAUGAUCGUCUCCAUCUGUGAACCAAAUGUCUGAAAUAAAACCUCGUCAGCAGUUUA